ACACCCGUGCCCACCUGCGCCCGCAGGCACUGGCUGGCCGCCGCCUACCCGCCCUUCGCCGUGCCCUACUUCGUGUACGACGUCUACGCCAUGUACCUGUGCCACCUGCAGCGCGCCCAGGUGAAGGGGCACGGCCAGGGGGGCACGGGCGGUGCCCGCGCCGCCGCCGCCGCCUUCCUGCGCCGCGAGCUGCUGAUGGUGCUGCACCACGCCGCCAUGGUGCUGGUCUGCUUCCCCGUGGCCACCGUGAGUACCCGGGGUUGGUGA